CUCUAUUCUGUGUAAUUCCUUGUUUGUAACAAGGGGAAAUUUAUGCCUGGGUAUAUAUUGCAGUGGCACUCUUGAGGACUCAAACACUCCUUUUUCCAGGGACAAGCCAGAAGGAACAGUUCACGUGCCUGUUCUGAGACUCUGCAUCAAGGGCAGCAAGAGCCCUUCACUGAAAUCCUGCCACCAUGCUGGGGCCGCUGCUGCUGCUGCAGGUGUUGGCCAGCUGCCUCUGGCUGGGACACAGCGAGGUGGUGAACUCCUUUACAAGUUGUCCUCAAUUCUUCUAUGAGGGGACCAUUCCAAAUGAUGCCCUGAAUCCAAAGAACCCAGCCUGGAUCUGUCAACGCUUCAGCAACUCGUAUCACUAUGCCACCCUGUACGACAGAGAGAGGAGAAUUCCAGUGUACUCUGCUUACAAAUACCAGCCUGGAGAUGCCAAGAGACCUCACACAUGGUGGUUUGUUGAGCCCCAGCUCAUAGGUAAAAAUGAUCUUAAAGAGAUGAAAACAGAGUCGUUCCUCACACAGGACGACAAGUUCUCCUUACACCAAAUCAAAGAGAGCCAGGCUGUCCUUGACGACUACAAACCACUGAAGAAUUUGGACCGAGGCCAUUUGAGCCCCAAUGGCCAUCACAAUAGUAGAGAAGGCAAGACAGCUACCUUCACCCUCACCAACAUAGUGCCCCAGGACAGCAGUCUCAACCAGGGCCAGUGGAACAUCUAUGAGUCUAAAACAAUGCCCCAACUGGCCGACGGCUGUACAACCACCUACGUGAUCACGGGUGCUGUGCCUGGGAGAAACAAUGUCGCAGAAGGGAGGGUGAACAGACCCAGCCACAUCUGGUCAGCUGCCUGCUGUCUGGAGGGCACAAAGCCCAAGAAGGCUUGGGGGAUAAUUGCUAAAAAUGACAAGAAUCAGGUGGAGAACCUCAGCCUGGGGGAGCUGGAGAAGACGUUGACCAAUCUCUACAGGGGGAAAACAGUUACUCUGUUCAACAAUGCCUGUCCCCGCAAAUAGUUCUCACAUUCUCAGUGGAAAAAGCUCAGUGGCUUUUCCCACAUGUCACUGAAUCACAGAAUGGGUUGGUUUUCAUGGGACAUUAUAACUGUUAAAAUCCUGUCAUUCUGACCUGCCUAAAAUGGGCAGGGACACCUUCCAUUGCACCAGCUUGUUCCAAGCCCUCCCCAGCCUGGACUUGAACCCCUCCAGAGACAGGGCAGUCAAAACAGCUCUGGGUAACUUUUACUUGUACCACAGCCUGUUCAGAGUAAUUUAUGUCUUUAUAAUAUCCCAGCUAACUAGCCUUCCAUCAGUAUGAAACCAUUUCCUCUUCUCCUGUCACUCCAUACCCUUGUCCAAAGACCCUCUCCAACCCUCUUAGAGAUCCUUGAGCUACUGCACUCUCAGCAGUCUUUCCCAGGCUGAACAUCCCCAGCUCUCUCACCUCCUCUCCAGAGCAGGCACGCUCCAGCCCUCGGAGCACCUUCAUGGCCUCCACUGGACUCCACUCCAACAGCUUUGUAUCCUUCUUGUGCUGUGGGCCCCAGAGCUGGAGGCAGCACGGCAGCUGGGGUCUGAGCAGAGCAGAGGAGAGGGGCACAAAUGUCCUGUGCAGAGUCUGUGCUGCUUCCUUCCUUCUCUGGUGUGUUUCCAGCUCUGUCCCUCAGGGCACCUCCCCCUCUGCUCAAAGGCACAGAGAUGUGGGCAGAGCCUCCAGCUGCUUUGCUUUGCUGCCCAUCUCAGGAGAGAGCUCUCAGGAAUGGGUCCUCUCCUCCUUAGCUGUCCCCAAGAAUGUGCAGCUGACUUGUCCUUCACCUCCUUAGCAAGGCUGUGGCACCAGGUCCCCUCAGGUUGCCCAGAGAUCCUGUCUGGAGAUCUCCAUGUCUGGAGAUACCCAAAGCCCAACAAUACAAGGACAACCGGCUCUAGCUGAUCCUGCUGCAGCCUGGAGUCUGGACUAGAAGAUCCUGAGAAGUCCCUCCAAAACCCAACAAUUCAGUGAUUCUGUGAUCCUGGCACAUGCUUUUGUUUGCUUGCUUUUGGAACUGCACCUUGAGAGCAGCAGCUGUUGAAUCAGACAGGCAGGCUUUGGCAUCAGAUCCAUAGAGAGCUUUGAGCAGCCACUGCUGAAUUCCUGGGAUGCACUCCUUGGACACCUUCAUUCUCUGCUCUACUGCUGAAGCUUUUCUGCAGAUUGAUGGGCACCUGAUUUGGGGAAAUGUAUUCAGUGGUUGUCAAAGAUCAAUGUGUGCCCCAUCAUGGAGUUUGCAAGAGCUUACAAUAAAAGUGAUUUGCUGCA